AUGCAAAUCUUAGAAAAUUCAGAUUCAAUAGUGAGUGAUGACCAAUCCUUGGAAUUAGAUUGCAGAAUAAUUGUGCCAAAGUUUAAGUAAGAGGAAUAUGAUACUUUCUAAACUGAAAUCUAUUCUUCUGUCAUUACAAGGGUGAUGUAAAUGAGAUCUAAUUCACAAGAAUUCAAAUUUAAGUAGCCCAAUUAAAGUAGCCCACAAGGUUCCUAAAAUUCCACUUAAAAACAAAUUUAAUGCACUCUACUCAAUGAAAAUGAAUACUCAAAUAAAUUGAGUGUCAAGUUAAACCUCUAACAAGAAUACGGAAUAAAAAAUGGGCGUAUAUCGAAAUAGAAAGACAAAGCUCCUCAAAGUCCUGGAGGUUCAGUAGAAGGUAUCAAUCAUUCUAAGACUCCCUAAAAGGAGGAUUGGAAUGCAAUUAAAAUGUCAACCAAAUAAAUUCAACCUAAUAAGAAACAACCUUAAAUUAGAUAAAAUAAACGAUAGUUAAGUUAAACUUUUAAAAGUUGUUCUGUAGAAGUAUCACCCAUUAAAAUAUCACGAUUUUCUUAAAGAUAAAUUUACGUGACAUAAUUGGUCAACACUUAUUAAGAACCUUUAUAAGAGAAACUUAGCCUUGUAUAAUUAGAAAACAAUGAGAAAAUAAGUAAAAUUUCUCAUAGUCCAUACACAAGUAAGACUAGGACUGUUAAGAAUUGUGUUUAAAAUACCUAAAUAAAAGGAAUACUAAAGAGUAAAUCAUGUAAUAGUGAAGGAGGAAAGAGAAGAAAAAAUACAUCUUAGGACUCUCAUAAUUAGAAAUCAAAAUUUUUUAAAAAGGUUACGUUUAAUUCUGGCAAAUAAUCUAAAAAUGAAUCAUCUUAAAGCAGGAAAGAAGUAUCUUCUAAACAGCUAAUAAUAAUUUAAUGA